AUGGGGGGGAAUAUCAAAACAUUUUUGGGACAAGCAAUUGAUGAAGAUGAAAAGUCACAAGGGAAGGUUGUGGAAAUGGAGAAUCAAAAGACAAGGGAUGAAACGUUGGAGAAGUUCACAUGGACUAUUCAGAACUUCUCUAAAUUAUCCUGCGAGAAGCUGUACUCUGAGAGUUUCUUCGUCUGCGGCCAUUCAUGGCGGAUUCUUAUAUAUCCAAAGGGGGACGAUGUGGACUUCUUGUCAAUUUUUUUGGUUGCUGGGGAUGUUUCUAAGUUUCCUUGUGGUUGGAGCAGACUUACAAAGUUCAAGUUGGCUUUAAUUAAUCAGGUCAAUGGCAAAAUGACAAUAACUGAAGGAACUAAAACUGAACAAUUGUUCAAUGCAAAACAAAAUAGCUGGGGUUUCCAAUCAUUCAUACCUUUAGCUGAACUUCAUGAUUGUUGCAGGGGGUUUAUUGAGAAUGAUACUUGUGUAAUUGAAGCUGAGAUUUUUGCUAGCAAGUCAGAACAUGAGAAUCAAUUAGACCAAGCGGUUAGAAAGAUUGAUGUUUCAGCAGAUUCUGCACAAGUAGACCAAGCUAAGGGAAUGUAUUCAGCCUCAUUUGGUGAGCUCAUGGAUUUUAGGGGUUUAGGAAAAAUUGAAAAAGCUUUUGUUCCAUUGUUAGAUGAAGUAUGCUCCCGCCAUCCAUCACUUAUUGAAUGCCAGCAUAAUAAAAGUCGUAGGUUUACUGAAUGGGCAUUUACGGCUUUGGGUCGAGUUCUAUUUUUUCUCAAGACUAAAAAGGUGAUAGAUAUGAAGGAUGAUGCUCGUGAGCAUCUUCAAAUUUUAUGGAAUGAACUUGAGACAUUUGGAUUUGAUUUGGAAUGGCUUAAACCCCAUGUUGAAUCUGCUUUAGCUAGGCGUCUUCGGUUUCAUAGAGUUAUGAAUGUGAUAGAGAGGGAGCAGAAUGUGGAAGCUCUAAAGAUGGAAAAGAAUAGGCUGAAGGAAAAGAUGGAUGCUAUAGAUGUAGAUAUUGAAAUUGCUAUAAAAGAUAUUGAAAAAACUCGGGAUGCUGUACUAGGAUAUGGAGUAGUCUAA